AUGUCCAAAUCUCACCACAGAGCCCAGGGACAGGGAACUCCCAAGAACAGCUCUUACUUGAACGAGACUUAUGCGCUUCACUACGGGUUGGGACAGUUCCGAGAUCCAGCAAGGAUCGAGUUCCAGCUGGUGACCUCAGAGGACGAUCCCGAUCAAAGUAUCGUGAUCGCCUUUCACAACGCGCAAUCUCACGUCCUGGAGACUCUACCCACUGUGCUCAACAUGUCCUGCGGGUCUACUGAGCUCCUCCUGGUGCUGGACGCCUGCACUGACUCGACGCAAGAGAUGAUCCUGGGGCUCAUCAACAGCAGCAGCUUCCAAGAAACCACCAUCUUCACGCGGGUCCUUCUUGUCGUACAGCCGACGCCAGUGUGGGAGACUUCGUCGGAGAACAUCGGAUACAGGUUAUCACGGGCCACUAAGGCGAUCAUCUCUGUUCAGGCCGACAUGCUCGUGCAGGAAGUUUGUUUCAACCUUGCGAUGUACAUCCCCCUCCGAGUCUUCAACGAUGUCUUUGCCGUGUCGGCCCGUUGCGCCCAUGGGAACUCUAGAGCAGGAAGAUGCGGGGUUAAGUAUAACGAUCCUUUGCCAGUCCACCAGCAUUGCGAUGCCAAGAAGUCUCUUGCUGUGAGAGGAACAUGCAACCGAGGACCGCUUCUGUGGCAUGCGCCCUCCCUGCGGCAGCUCGGGUUUCUUGAUGAGGACGGGUUCUACCAAGGAGACGACGAUCACGACCUCAUAGCAAGAGCAUACAGCAAGUUGCGCAUGGUAGCUGGGUACUACUUCGUUGACACCUACGGGCCCAUGCGAUGGGGAGCUACUCGCAACCCUGCUCCUCUGUCACCCCCAGCCCUUGCCUACCGGGACAUGAGGCUUGCAGCAAGGAGGAGGAGAGCCCCCGUCAGAUAUCCGCGGGUCUCUCAAACUCGCUUGAUGCUCUUCCUCAAAGUCAUCUUCCUUCCAGUAUGGACAGACGUCUGGGAGCAGACGGCAGACUUUGUGAGCGAGUUUCAGUCGAACCGCAGCAUCGCCCUCGUUGCCAUCGACUUUGGACUGGAAAGAGUCUGGCACAGGAGGAUCGCAGGCUAUGAGAAGAUCCUAACGGUCGUGAGGGAUGACAGAGGCAGGGUCUCCGACUGCAGGCUCUUGCUUCACUACCUCACGAGGUGGAAGUACGUGGUGUCAGCUGGAGAGUUUUUCAUGCUGUGUCCUCAUUCGACUAACGCGACUAGGAGCGACCCUCUGCUCAGACUGCCAGGAUCUGCUGCUUGCUAG